UUCGUAGUUUGUAUGUAUACAAAUAUAAAUGAAGUAUUUGCAUGAAUACAAUUGAAGAGUGGUUGAACUGAAAACCGCGAUAAGAGUUUUAUUGUCUUCGACAGAUGCUUAAAAAGGGCAAUAGACAGCUAGAGUAUUUCAUGCGAUAUAUUAAAGAUUCAAAAUUGUUGUUUGCGAAACGAACAUAAACAAAUCGCGAUGUCUAAAGAACAUAUGUUUCAUGUAAUCUACGUGUUUAUCAUUUGCUCUUUGUUUCAUCAACUGAUGAUGCAAACAUCCAAAGCACAAAAUAAUGACAAGAUAUCUCGUUUGCGGAGCUUCAUAAACCAAAAGUAUACGACAAAGACGAAUACUUUACACAGUAAAAAACGCUUGUCUCGUUCGACAGACUUUUCCAUGGAUUAUUGCUAUAAACACAAAGUAUCAGGAAAAGGAUUUAAAAUCGAGAAACAUGGUCUCAAUGUGACGUUGAAUUGUACUAAAGAUGGUGAUUGGUGGUCAGCAGUUAUCAAAUGGAAAAAACCAAAAUCUCAGGCUGGAAUGGAUGAUUGCGUUGGUUACGUAGUAAGAUGGCAAAAUUAUGAAGAAGACGACUUAUGUGCAAUUAUUGAUAAUGAGAACAUAACAACUUAUACAAUAGACUCAACAAAAGAGUGGGGACAAAAUGAAGAAGGAGACGACAGUUUAUAUUUUAUAGUGUUUGCACUUCCCCUUGCAAAUGUAACGAGUGUAUAUGAAAAUCGUGUUUUAAAUGUAAAAAAGUCAUGUCUUGAAAAAAAGUUCACAACUACACACGAUACAACUUACGAGCAAUCGACUAUUAUUUCUGAAGAUUUAAGCAGAACAGGCAUGACCACAGAUAAGCCAAAGAUGAGCAGUGAAGCAACACUUUCAACGAACGUAGACAAUAAUAAGCAGUUAAUAUAUCGUUCCAAAAAACCAGUGGUGAAUAAAGUAAUCUUCUCUAUCGUGAUGACAUUUGUUUCGCUUCUCAUUCUUGUCAUCGCCGUUGUUUUGUACCACAAGAAGAAACCAUUUUCUUGUCUUUAGCAGGAGAUGGCUCAAAUUUCCUUUCGUACCAUCCGGAAGAUGAAGAAGAAGCAAUCACUAUUGCAAAAUGGCUAGAAAAGCAUGAUAUUGGUGUUGUGAUUGACAAAUUUUGUUACAUCAAGUACAAUCACACUCUAUGGAGCGAUCAACAGCUAGCCAAGGCUGAGAAGACAAUUAUGAUUGUCACUCCAAAAUAUUUAAAGAUAUGCAUGCUUCAUCAAAAAGAAGACACAAAAGAUGAAUACAUGUCCAACAGCAACCGACAAGUCUGCAGUGAAAUCCGUCUAAUACGAGAUAUAGUUAUUUCGGAGCGCUUUAAGUCAAAAAAAAUUAUUGGAAUUUUAAUAGAUGUCAAGUCAGAAGAUUUGCCUCAUUGGAUGUCGAAUUUAUCGCUUUAUAAUUAUCAGAAAAGAAAUGGUGUGGAUGUGAACAUCUUACAGUUCUUGAAAUCUCAUGGCAAAUAAGCAAAUGAAAUUGAAGUUUUGAAAUGAAAAGAAUAAAAUUUGUGAUCAUGAAUUUUGAUUUCUCUGAAGUUAUGAUCGUUAUAUAGCUUUAUCGCUAACAAUUACAAACAAAUUUACUUUAUGACUAAAACAUUUUACUUCAUGAUCAUGGCAGUUGCCACCAUCGUUUUCACUUGCUACAUUGAAUGUAAAUAUGUGAUUAUACUUGAUUAAGCUUUUUACAGAAGUAAAUAACGUAAAUAGUCAAUUGCAAAGCUAUCUUGACAUUAAAUCAAACAAUGUAUAUAUAUUUGCUAAUUUUUUGAGAUACUUUGCUUACUUUAUGUUUCAUGUAUGGUAUAACAGUUUUUCAUGUGUUUUUUUAUUGGUAUUGUAACUAUAUAAAACAUGUUAUAAAACAUAAUGCAUAACUAUAUAAAGCGUUAAAUAUAUAAAACAUUUUUCAUUGGUAUUGUAACUAUAUAAAACAGUGUGUUGCCAUGAUUUUUCUCAAUGCAAUUAGCUGUAAUCUCGAAUAUUUAUGAUUAUAUAACACAUUUAUACUGUUA